AUGACUGAUGCCGAUUUUCUGGAUGGAGAUGCGUAUAAUGUGACCACAUCAGAACGUGUUGGCUUCGACAAGGCGCAUAUACUAACUGAUUUUACUGCACCAAUUGAAUCUAUUGAGGCAAAUACGAUGACACCCACAUUUAUGGAUACUUCGGAUGCAACCUCGAGACUUUUUACCACUGAAGUACAGUUGGGAAGUAUUGAAACCGUUGCCUCUGAAUCCACCGAAUCCCAAUACACGGACGCGCCAGUGUCAGAAAGCACCUCCACUUCGCUUCCGGUGGAGGAGCCUCGAGAUUUUAGUGUUGCUAAUAUUGAAACCGUUGCCUCGGAAUCCACCGAAUCCCAAUACACGGACGCGCCAGUAUCAGAAAGCACCUCCACUUCGCUUCCGGUGGAGGAGCCUCGAGAUUUUAGUGUUGCUAAUAUUGAAACCGUUGCCUCUGAAUCCACCGAAUCCCAAUACACGGACGCGCCAGUAUCAGAAAGCACCUCCACUUCGCUUCCGGUGGAGGAGCCGCGAGAUUUUAGUGUUGCUAAU